AUGGAGCUGCCCACGGCGCGCGAGCUACAGCUCGAAGCCCUUCUCAGGCGUAGGGAUGAUCAGCUGGCGAAGCUCACUGACGAAGUUACCCAUCUACGGACAUAUCUCGCGAACCAGCCUUCGCCUGUGACUUCCGACCCAGUCUCUCUGCCUCCCUCCUUUGUCUCCUUUCUACUGCCACAUCUCAAUUCGGCGUCCACGGACGCCAGCACGGGCUCCGCCAGCGGGACUGUGGCGACCGCGCUAACAGCACGAAAUAAGCUGCUACAAGACGAGAACGACGAGCUGUAUGAACUCUUGAAAGGCACGGAGACUGGUCGCUUGAAGGAGGAGGCCCGUGCUCUCAGGCGUGCUGUCGCAAGGCUAGAAGUUGCGUUGAAGGACUCGCAUCAGAUAAUCAAGUCCCUGUCCGAUGAACUGGACAAAACUCAUGACGCAGCUCUGCCCGUACGCGCCAAGACGAAUAUGUACGCGUCCAUGAACCCACCACCGAGCAACGGCAGCUCCAAGCCGGUCCCGACCGGCCCGCGUGCGCAGAAACGUCAGCGUGUCGGCGAGCCGCCUGCCAUGUCCUCUGCAAACUCCAUUCCCGUCGGGCGCCAAUCGAGCAACCACCAUGACAGCGAACGCGGCGCAAGCGCCCGUCCUGCCCAGUCGCGUGAUCCCACACCUGCUGUGCCGCCGCUGGACCACCGCAAAAUCCCUGGUGGCAUGCCCGAGACUAUCGAGGACGACCGUGUCAGCCGUGCCAGUCGGGCAAGUCGCGAUGAAUCGCGCUCAAGAUCAUCACGGUUGCCUGACCGCGACCGGGUGUCGGAUCGUGACCGUGGCUCCGAGCGCGGGCGCGAUAGUAGGGAGCGGACUCGCGAGCGCGAACAUACGCGCGAAAAGGACCAGCCUCGUGAUCGGGAGCGCAGUCGUGGCGACCGCGACCGAGGGCAUGACCGUGAAAGAGAGCGCGGGAAUCCUCGUGAACGUGCGCAAGACCGCAUGCGGGACAGGCCUCGCGAAGAGCGCGAACGUGAGCGGGAUCGGGAUCAGCCGCGUAUCGAUCGUGAGAAGGAGCGAGAGAGAGUCAAACGCAAGCCCAGCGACGACCAUGAGCGACCUCGUGUGCGCGAACGAGAGCGCGAAAGAGAGCGCGACCGCGAUGUCGCGAGUCGUGAGCUCGCUGGACGCGAGCCAAAGGACCGUGGUGACCGGACUUCCCGCCGCAGUGGAGGCCGACGCCGGCAGGGUGGAGGUGACUGUGGCUUCGGCCUCUCUGGACUCCUAUAUAGUAUCUGUCUGUACCGUAUUGUUCGCCAUGUCUCAUCACUGCCCGUGCUACUCAACAUGCUUACUUCGCAUUUAGCGGCCAUAGUGGAACCGAUGGUAAACUAUUUGCGCUGA